AUGCACCGGCGUUCGGUAGUCGCCGACAACGGGCCAUGCGCGUAUGCCAUCGCAUCCGUCGGGCCCUCGGCCAUAUGCCGCGUCCGCCGAGUGGCCGGGCAAAAACUCGGCGCGCGCAACAGGUGGCCGUCGUCGGCACCUGCCCGCGCCCAUUUGCCACGGACAGAUGCGCGAGAGUCGCCGUUUCGUUUAUCGUACGGCCCGGAUUACAUCUCGACGCGCCACCUGCAGCAUCACGUGCAGCGAAACGGCACCUGCCGCGGACGCGAUGUAGCAAUCGCGACGCGCGCACGGGCGCGGAGGGCCGGCGUCGCAGGUUGCAGCGGUCGCGCCGUCCGAGACGAUCCAUGCACAUGUACGGAUAGUUCGGCGUCGCUGGGUUCGGGGAGA